AUGUUAAGAGAUUUAAUUAAUAAUCACACUCCCUUAAAAAAUAAUUUUGAAAGAUUAUCCACUCUAUUCUAAUGUGCCAUAAAUGCAUACAAAUAUCCUUUAAAGUAAAUUUAUUAAAUAAAUAUUUAUUAAGUGGUAAUCAUCUUUCAUAAUUGGGUGAAUUAUCAGGUUAUUAUUGUGUAUAUGAUAUUCAUUAAAGAAUGAUUCAGCAUCCUGUUGGUUAGAGAAUAUUAAAUGAUAAACCUAGAGUUACACCUGAAACAUUCAAAAUAGAAGAAUUAUUAAAAUUAAAUGAAAAUACAUUUGGGUAGUAUAUUCAACUAUAAUAUAAAGUUAUUAAUAUGGAAAAUUUAUGAGGGAUAGAGAUUUCUCUAGUGGUGAAAGACCAAUAGUUAAAUAUAUUCCAGAUUUAGAAUUAGCCUAUGUUUAUCAAAGAUAUAAAGAAGUAUAAUUCUUAUAUUAAAAAUAUAAAGAUUCAUGAUUUUAUACAUGUGUUACUCAUGUAUGAUGUUAGUGUUUAUGAUGAAAUUGUUGUAAAAUGGUUUGAAAUGGCUUAACUUGGAUUACCAUCAGCAACUUUAAGUGCAUUUGUAGGAUCAUUCAAAUUAAAUUGUUAAGAAAAACAAAAACUAAUAGAGACUUUACCUGAAAUUUUAAAAAGAGCCAACAAAAGCGAAUUUAUAAUGAAUGUUUAUUUUGAAGAACAUAUUAACACAGAUAUUACACAACUUAGAAAAUCAUUGAGAUUAUUAUGA